AAAGCUCAGUAUCCCUUACUUGAUGACGCACUCUAUAUUUGGUUCCUGCAGAAACGGGAACGUCAUAUUCCCGUCAGUCAAGAUUUGUUGACAAUGCAAGCUAAAAAGUUAUUCAGUCAAAUAUACGGUAAGGGAUUGUUCCUGGGCAGUCGAGGUUACAUCCUUAAAUUUAUUAAACGACAUAACAUUCGUUUUCUUAAAAUAACCGGCGAAAAAUUGUCAAACGACAUUGCCAGUGUUGAUGCUUAUGUCAACAAAUUUUCCACCGUAAUUCGACAGAAAGCUCUGAAUGCUGCACAGAUCUUUAAUGCAGACGAAAGUGGUUUAUACUAUAAAUGUACGCCAUCAUCCACGUUUGUUGCACAUGACGAAACUUCAGCACCCGGAAGAAAAGUGAAUAAAGAACGCGUUACUUUCAUGCCUUGUAGCAAUGCUGACGGUUCAUUCAAGCUGCCUCUAAUGCUUAUCGGCAAAUCAAAAAAACCAAGAGUUUUGAAGAAUGUCCACGAACUACCCGUGUAUUACGUUUCAUCUAAAAAUGCUUGGAUGACUCGUGCACUGUUUAAAGACUGGUUUUUCCAACAGUUUGUUCCGAAGGUGAAAGUUUUUCUGCAAUCGACCAAUCUACCACUCAAGGCGAUAUUAGUUCUAGAUAACUGUUCGGCACAUUGCAAUUGUGAUGAAUUGAAAACGUCGGACGGCGCUUUUUCAACAAUCCUCUUACCUCCUAAUACAACCGCCGUAUUGCAACCCAUGGAUCAGAACAUCAUUCAAAUGGUGAAGGCAAACUACCGCCAAAAGUUGAUGAGAGAUAUUCUUGGUCGCCAAGGAGAGUUUGACGAAAACGUAAAACGCAUAAAUUUAAAAGACGCUAUAUUCUGGGUGGCAGAGGCAUGGGAUGCAGUACCGGCUGAAUCGAUUGCUAAAUCGUGGAACUUGUUGUACAGAGAACCCGAAUUCGAUAACGAAGACAACUUACCGCUAUCGGUUAUUAAAGAUCGCCUAUUAUCGAUUCAACGUAAGAUUGAAGAGCAUGAAAAUAUAAUUGAAGAUGAAAAUGCAGAAUUCGACGUCAUGAGUGAUGCUGACAUUGUUAACGCUGUGCUUAAUCCCGAUAAAGACUUUUACGAUGCUGCAAAUACAACUUUGGACGAAACCGCAGAUACUUCAGCAGUUCCAGUAAGUGAUUACGAAGAGAAUUCACACGCAGUUUCAGAUGAGUCGGCACUGAACAGUAUGGACACUAUUAUUACAUGGGCAGAAGAAAACCGAAUGUCGAUAGAGACACAGUUUUAUCUACCUGCAAAACCAACAUCUCCGGAUCAAGAAGCAACAAACAUGAAUUCUACAACGAUCGCGUUUAAUGUCUCUAAGCCAACAACCAGCAACAACAACAAUGAAGCGUAA